CUUCGUAGUUCGUACGCACCUCGUCCAGACGUCCACCAUCCAACCCUUCAUUUUUCUCUCUCCUCCUUACACCGUCAAAGGCGAUAUCCGAAUCCUAUCGAAGAUGUUGAGGGUGGCGGCAAGGCGCCUCUCUUCUCUCUCCUCUUCUUCAUGGCGUCCCGCCGCCUCUUCCUCUGUCGUCUCCAAAUCCCCUCUGUCUCGCGACGACCAGGAGUCCAGUUCCACCUCCUUGUUCUUACCCUAUUAUUAUACUCACCUUCGAGUGGGAGCAAGGAUACAUACAACUGCCACCAAAGAAGCUGGGAAUUUUGGAACGUCAAGUCACAUGAACUUUGUCAAGAAUCCCUUAGAUAAGAGGGAAGCUACUGCCUUAGAUAAGAGGGAAGCUCCCGGACAACGCCAAGACAAUGCUGCAGAAAAGUUGGAUAUUGUACACAUUAAGUUGAUCAAGAACAAUACUUUUGUCUCCAUUACCGAUUCCAAGGGGAACAAAAAGGUAGGAGCAUCUUCAGGAUGCCUGGAAGAAAUGAAAGGUGGUCCGAAGCUUUCACGAUAUGCUGCGGAAGCAACAGCAGAACAUGUGGGAAGACUUGCAAGAAAUCUUGGCUUGAAAUCAGUUGUCAUGAGAGUAAAUGGGUUCACUCACUUUAAGAAGAAGAAGCAAGCAAUUCUUAGCUGGAGAGAAGGCUACACUUUUGGUAAAGGAGAUCAUACACCUAUUGCAUAUAUUGAAGAUACCACUCGGCGUCCACACAAUGGAUGCCGACUUCCAAAGAAGCGUCGUGUCUAAGUGGUUUUGGGGUGGAUAUCUAUGACUAAUGAGAAAAAUGAAACACAUUUUGGAUCAUUUAGGCAUUUUAUUUGUAUUUUAUUGAUGUUGAAAGCUCUUGAAUUAGAGUCCAUCUAAUUUAGUUAGAUUCCAAUUUUGAAAGUACUUUUAGUCAUAAGCCUAAUAAACGUACUCGUGUGUUUUAUUUAAACUCUUUUCAUAACAUCAAAAUGUUGUGCAACA